AUGGCCUCUCGCCCCACCGUCAACGUGCGCUCGACGACUGGAGAGGCGUCGAGCUCUCUCCCCCUGCCCGCGGUCCUCACCGCCCCGAUUAGGCUCGAUGUCGUGCAGCAAGUGCAUAAGAGCAUCGCGAAGAACAAGAGGCAGGCGUACGCUGUCAGCGAGAAAGCCGGCCACCAGACCAGCGCCGAGUCCUGGGGUACUGGUCGUGCCGUUGCGCGUAUCCCCCGUGUCGGUGGUGGAGGAACCCAUCGCUCCGGCCAGGCUGCGUUCGGCAACAUGUGCCGCGGCGGUCGCAUGUUCGCACCCACCAAGACCUGGCGCAAGUGGCACGUCAAGGUGAACCAGGGCCAGCGCCGUUUCGCCGUCGUUUCUGCGCUCGCAGCCUCUGCGCUUCCGUCGCUCGUCCUCGCUCGCGGCCACCGCAUCGAGGAGAUCGAGGAAGUGCCCCUUGUCGUGUCCUCUGCGAUCGAGUCCUUCGGGAAGACCAAGGAGGCGGUCGCCCUCCUCAAGUCGCUCAAGGCGUACAGCGACGUCGUCAAGGUGUCCAACUCGCGCAAGCUCCGUGCCGGCAAGGGGAAGAUGCGCAACCGCCGCCACCGCCAGCGCCGUGGCCCGCUCGUCGUGUACAACGAGGACAAGGGUAUUGUCAAAGCCUUCAGAAACCUGCCCGGUGUCGAGCUCGUCAACGUAAGGAGACUCAAUCUUCUCCAGCUUGCGCCUGGCGGUCACCUUGGUCGGUUCGUGAUCUGGACUGAGGGUGCGUUCGGCCUCCUCGACGAGGUCUUUGGCACCUUCGACAAGCCCUCCAUCCACAAGAAGGACUUCAUCUUGCCCACCGCCAAGAUCAGCAACCCCGACGUCACUCGUUUGAUCAACAGUGACGAGAUUCAGUCUGUCGUUCGUCCCGCUGGCCCUAAGCACCAAAAUCGCCCUUGGACGCAGCACAAGAACCCUCUGGUCAACAAAGGCGUUCUCUUCCGCCUGAACCCCUAUGCAAAGACUCUCCGCAGGCACGAGCUUCUCAAGCAGGAGCGCGUGAAGAAGCAGAAGGCGAAAGCGAAAGCGAAGGCGCCCAAGUCUGCUGGCGAGACCUUCUUGAACACACUCCUCGCCGUCUAA